AUGCUUGCAAAACAACUGAAAUUAGACAAGGAGAUAGUCGAAUCAAUGGAUGUUCCUAGACUGUUUGCUUGUGCAAAAACACAUAAGGAGGAGCAACAACUAAGAUUCAUAUUAGAUAAGGCCAAGUCUUCUACCUGCAAAUUAAAGCAAGCAUGUGUUCAUCCAGACAGAGAAUGUGCUCAAGAUUCCUGUCGAGCUUGUUUUGAAGCACAGCUUGCUCAGUUGCAAGAACAGCUUGUAGCAACUAUGUUAGAAAAUCAGCAGUUAUUAUGUGAAAUUAAAGAAUUAAGAGAGCAACAAACUUUGGAAGAAGUAGUGAAGCAAUUAGAAAAAGAAAAAGAGAAAACAAAAAUGUUAUCAGAUCGUCUUCAUGAAAAAGAGACUAAGGAUAGUUCUGGUAGUAAAAGUCCAAGAUUAAGAAGAUUUGUUAGAAAAGAUAAACAUAGUGAAAAAAGUAAAUCAAUAGAUGUAGGUGAAGCAUCUCUACCUCUAAUUCAAGAGAAAGAAGAAUGGAUUGAUGUAGCAAAAGAAGUUACAGAAGAUGAUAAAGAUUUACGUUUGGAAACACCAACAGGGUCUCAACCAUCUCUUGACACAGACCUUGGUUGGUAUUGUAAUAUAAAAGCAAGAAUACAUAAUUGGUUUUAUGAAUUAUUAGAUGAUUUUACGGAAACUAUAGUGGAAGAGGAGGAAAGAAAAGAAGGAGAUGAUGGUGAUCCUCUUACCGUCCGAAAAUUAAAAGAAAAUAUUGUGAGGUUUGGGAAUGCUACGAAGCCCAUUUCCAAUAUGGUUGAUAAUUUGACAUCACUUGUUAGAUGGAAGUCCCAGGGUACAACACUUUUGGCUUUCUCUGUAUACAUGUAUACUAUGUAUCAUGGUUGGUUCCUUCCACUUGUAUUAUUUCUUGCCCACUGUCAACUUCUGCUCAAUUAUAUUAAGAAUAAAGGAUGGUUUGUUGGUGUACAUUCAUUAAAAAGAAAUGAACAAGAUGAUCAAGAGAGAGAUAUGGGAGUCUCUGAUAAAUUUCAAUUAGUCCUUCAUGUUGCAAGGAAAGUUCAAAAUCAAUCUGGACACAUUGCUGAUUGCUGUGAAAAAAUUAAAAAUUGUUUGCUUUGGGAACAAUCUGAUGUUACAGCUCAACUUUAUGUUCUAUUGUUAGCUGCAUUUCUUGCUUCUUGUGUCUUCCCAGCUAAUCAGCUUUUUACAACUGUAGGUUUAUAUUUAGGAGUGAAACUUUUUAUUGUUGAUUAUGUUUUCUACCGAUUUCCCCGAAUUCAACAAAAAUAUGAUUCUACUUUAAAAAUGUGGAGAGCUCUUCCAACAGAUGCAGAAUUGGAGAAAAAACAUAAUAGAGCUGAAAUCAAUAAGAAUGUUUUGAAUCAAGGAACCAGUGGUACUCCAUCAUCAUCUGCCUCGGAAUAUCAUUCUUUUUGUGAACUGUUUAAUCUGCCAGCAUCAGAAACGCCUUUGCCAUCUUGGCAUGGAGGUAGAAGGUGUACUCUCAUCAACAAAGAUAAAUCCUUAACAUCAGCUUUUAAGAAUGGUAGAUUAUAUUUAACAAACAGUUUUCUCUGUUUUGAAAGAUCAAAGACAUCUAGUUUAAAGAACUUGGUCUUACCUUUAAAAAAUAUUGCCAAAGUUGAAAAGGCCAAGCCUUAUCCUUGGAUUCCUGGUGGUGGAAUGGCACUGGAAGUGUUGUUGGAUAAAUCAGAAAAGGCUUAUAUAUUUGGUGCUAUAAUGAAUCGAGAUGAAGCAUAUGAAAGUUUAAUGGAAGCUGGCCUCAAAGCUGGUUUACCGUGGGCGCACAUGCCUACAGAAACUGAAGAUGCGGUGUCUCGUAAACCCAAUAAAAGUUCAUCAGAAGUAUAAGCUGUUAAAGAUUUAUCAUCUGUGUUAUUCAUAAAUAAUUUGGUAUUAAAAAAAAACAAGAACUGUAUUUAGUUUUAAAAAAAACGAAAAAAAAAAAGGACCAAAUUGAACUAGUCAAAUUUUAAUGCG